AUGGCAACUGAACAUCCCCUUUCAUCACAGGCCAAGAACCGCGGGAAGUCGGUCAGACUUCAAAACGUCAUUGACCAUUUAGAACAUGACAUUGUUUCUAGCUCUAUCAGAAAUGACAAAAAGAACAUAUGUUUGAUUAGUAAAGGAAGCGGCGGCUUCGUUACAAAUGUCAAUACUGAGCCUAGUGAAGCCACAACAUCUGAAGCAGAGGGGACAUCAUCAUCAUCAUCAUCAUCGCCAUCGUUGUCAUCAUCUUUGUCAUCAUCAUCGACGUCUCUUGCUGCAUUUAAAACCAAACUCACUGCCGCGGACAAAGUCACAUUGACUGAGAAGCUCCAAAAUUUUAAUAAGCUUCAUAAAGAUUAUUUCUGGGUCUUAGAUGCCACAAUGCGACAAGCAGAAGUUGAUGAUGUUGAGCCAAUUUCUGUAGAAGAAAAGGUCAUGGCGUUUGCAUCACAAUGCGAGUAUUAUCAUCUGUCCCAAUCUUUGAUCUUAGAUUUGGGGGAUAAAAACUGGAGUUCUGUUUUCAAUGAAGAACAGCUCGAUGAAAUACGUGGUGCUGGUGGCGAUUUGCCUUGUGGUGUACCGAAAGAACUUGAACAAUGCUUCGAGAGUCUUAAAGAAUUGAAAACUGGUGCAGAGGUGUUUAAGUAUGCAAGAAGCAUUGAAAUCACCGAUCCCACCAAAGAAACAUUAAAAGUGUGGUUGUCGACCGAGCUACAAAAGGUAGCAAGUCUCUUUCUGGAAACUGGGACAUUCGACAUCGGUAGUUUGAUGGAAUCGGACCAGUUGUACCGGUGUUUUGAUUUUUUCGCUACAGUUUUUAAAGGAAGUUCCAUCUUGGCAAAAGGAACCGAAAAAUCAAGUGAAGCCAAUGCCACGUCAGUCAACCAAGAUCGCACAUUAUCAGCUAUAAAGCUGAUAGCAAACCGAAAGAUGGAAAGACGCGUGGAUAUGCUCUUCAACUGUGGUCAUAUCGAGUUUGGUUGCACAGAAAUAGGUGCCACAAAGGACCAAACAAAGGAGAUGCGCGAUAGCUUUCUCAAGAUGCCUAUUAAGAACCGACCCACUUCAGGAGGUUAA